GUCUAAAAAUCCUCAAAUUAUCAUUUUUAGCGACGCCUUUCCCAACUUCCAAAUCCCGAACUGAUCCCAAGCGAUAAGCUCCCAGUAAGAACUGUACAUGGAGGACGGAAUUCCCAACAAUACUUUCGCUACGCAACCCGGCGGUGGCGACCGCAUCAAGCUCAACGUCGGGGGCAAGCUUUUCGAGACUACUGUCUCCACCCUCCGGUCUGGCGGCCCGGAUUCCCUAUUAUCUGCUCUUUCAAACCGACCGAAUCAGGACUCGGUGUUCAUAGACCGGGACCCGGAGAUCUUCUCUGUCCUCCUCUCUCUUCUCCGGUCCAACCGCCUUCCUUCCACCGCCAAACGCUUCUCUAAUCAGGAGCUUAUUGAUGAGGCUUUAUAUUAUGGUAUUGAGUCGCAGCUCCGAAUGGCACUUGCGCCGUGUCGACUCAAUGGGAUAGAUGCUUCGCUCUUAACCACUCUCAAGCCAUCUUCAGAUGGAAUUGUUUCUGCCUUUAAUGCUAUUGACUCCGACGGGUCCCUAUGGGUCGCCCAUGGCGGCCAGAUCUCCGUCUAUGACUGGAAUCUCAGCCACACAGCCACCGUUCGAACGCACCUAGACUUCAUCACUUCUAUUCGGAGAGUGCAACCCGAGAUUGCUGCGAUUGGGUCAUUAUAUGAGUCGGGCUUACAUUUUUACAAUAUGACCAAUGGGUGCCGAGUAGACUCUGCGGAUUGGGUAGACCCUUCCGAUGUUCGUAUCUAUAAAGCCCGAGUACACGCGAUAGCUGACUCGGAGGACUCCGUCUUCGCAUCCUAUGAUUGUAAGCAUGGUGAGAAUUGUGUUCUGAUGAUAGAUAAGUCGACUUUGAAAAUUUCGUCUGAGAUUGGGAGAAUGCCGGGAACCUCCUCGAAAAACGCUGUCCCAGGAAAGCUGACGUAUGUGCCGGAUAUGGGGAUUUUGGUUGGGAGCUCUGUCACGUCUGGUGCAUUUGGAUACUCCGGUUACAUACGAUUGUGGGAUCCAAGGUCCGGGGAGGUGGUUUGGGAAACAAAUGAGCCGGGCUCUGGCCGAAGCAGCAGGUUUGGGGACUCAUUUGCUGACGUGGAUGUCGACUUGGAUAACCUGGCAUUAUUCAAACUCUGCUCAAAAUCGGGUGAUUUGGCAGUUGCGGAGCUGCGCAAAUUGAGCGAUGAUCCAUGGGUUUAUUUGAAAGAGAAGAAUCCGAGUAUGAGGAAUGUAGGAAUAAGUAGUGGCAUUGCUGGGGGAAAUUUGCUAAUACACUGUUACAGGAAGCAAGUGUUUGUGGGGAGAGAAGGGGAGAUGGAGGUGUGGUCAAGAGUGGAGGAUAAUGCGGAUGGAGAGGGCAUUUUAAGUGAAGGGUUGUGCCGAAGGAAUUAUGUAGAUAAGGUAGAGGAUGCUGAAAGAGGGAUCAUAAAGAAAAUUGAGGGAGGCGGGGAUCGUCUUUUUGUGACUCGAGAAGAUGUUGAGGGAAUUGAGGUGUGGCAGAGUUCGAAUUACUCUGGCGCAGUUUCAGUUUUAUGAUUUAAUCAAUAUAUAGAAGAACGGACUGGUGGUAUGUUAACGUCAAUGGCGUUGUUCAUUUUGUAUUGUGAUAUGGUGGUGGACAGGAUCGUUUAUGCUGAUUAUUCUGGGACGUAGUUUAUCAUUGGAGAAAGAAGUCCAAUGUGGAAUAUAGUUGUUUUUGGAGAUUUUAUUCCCAGUAUACAGAACUAGUGAGAGGCAGGAUAAUGAUCGUGGAUUCCUUUAUUGCUGUUGCGGGUGAGUGAUCCAACUUGGAAAUAGUUUUGCCAGAUCAAUAACUAAAGGUUUCUGUUUUUCUUUCAUGCAGUUCCUGAUUGCUUGAUAUGUUCACAAAAAAUGUCUACUAAAUAUAAUUGCCGAUUCAAAAUAUGAAUGCUAUCUAGUCUUUUAAAAUAACAAUCACUCGACACUUGCAGAGGAGAAUAGAGCAAAAUCUUUUGUAUUUUGAGGUGCAGGAAAAAUCUGAUAAAAAUGAGAAUGGCUGUUGUUCCUGUUUGUACGCUUGUGUUCUCUCAAUGCUAUCUAUUAUUCAUAA